AUGAGGUUCAACAGUGGUCUCCUCGCCGGCGCUGCCGUCUUCAUUGCCGGCAUGGCCACGGCCCAAGACUGCGUCAGCGUCGCCCUGUCGGCCAUCCCAUCGUGCGCCCAGCCGUGCUUCCUCAACGGCGCCCCGACCAUUGGCUGCGGCGGCACCGACUUCAAGUGCCAGUGUCAGCAGCAGGCCAAGAUGUUUGCCGCCGUCGAGAGCUGCGUCCAGACGAGCUGUGCGGAGUCUGAGUUUCAAAAGACCAUUGACGGAUCUGAAAAGGUCUGCUCCUGCGCGUCUGGAGGCUCCAUGUCAAACAACGUUGGAAGCGGCGAAAACACGGUCAACCCGUCCAGCUUCAUCCCGAGCCCGACGUCUGCUGCUUCUGCCACCACAACCAUCCCAGCAGCAACUGGCACCCCGUCUGGCCGUCCCUCGACAGCGCCCAGUUCCGCCGCAAGCAUGGCAGGCGUGGAGCGCGGCAUCAUGGUUGGUGUAGUGGGUGGUGCGCUUUGGGUAGCGCUGGGGCUGUGA